CAGUAAAGGUGUAUAAUCGGCCAACGUGUUAAAUUUGGAUUGCAGACGACGCUUUUCUUGUUUUACAAAUUACUUGACAAACUAAAAAAAUUUGCAUAGUGACAGCUAGCAUUUGGAAAUAUUCUGCCGUUGAGAAUAUUCACUACGUGCUGAAUGCUCAUAAAAUUGGAAUAACACUAAAAGAGAGAAAAAAAACUUCCUGUGCGGGUUUACAAAAAAACACCCAAAAAACAAAAGCAGAAGAGUUACACCCCUUGGUAAAGUAAAAGUAGAAACGAGAUCAACAUGGAGAAUGUCUUUGCUUUGCUGGUGAUCGUGGUUGUAUUAUCAACAACACAGGCAACACUUGGACAGGGUGACAAGAAAAAGAAAAGUGUAGAAGAGAAGACUGAACUCUCCCAGACAUCUGUUAUUGAGAGAGAUUUAGUUAAUGAAAAGAUUAAAUGGAAAGAUAUAGUAAAAGAACAUGCUUCAUAUUGUGAAACAGAGAAGGAUGCAAAAAAAUUUAAAGGAUUAUCUCUAGGCUAUGUUACUCCAUGGAAUAGCCAUGGUUAUGAUAUAGCAAAGAUAUUUGGUGCUAAGUUUGAUUAUGUUAGUCCUGUGUGGUUACAACUGCAGAGAAAACCAGGUGGUGCUUUUCAUAUGGCAGGUGGACACGAUAUCGACAAAGGCUGGGUAUCAGAUGUUACCAAGGACAGGAAUACAAAAAUAGUACCUAGAGUAUUAUUUGAGAGAUGGACUGGCAAUGAUUAUGAUGCUUUAUUUUCAAGUGAAGAUGUUAUGGAAGAUUGUGCUAAUUACAUGAUUAAAUAUCUUAAGAAAUAUGGUUUUGGUGGAAUUGUUUUAGAGAUAUGGUCAUCAUUAGGUGGUACUAGAAGACAAGAGCUGAUUCAUUUUAUCAACCAUGUUGCUGAAAUCUUUCACAACAAAAAGAAAAUAUUUAUAUUAGUUCUCCCUCCUCCAGUUUAUGCAAGAAAAUCCCCAGGUUUAGUAGAUAAAUCAAAUUUUGAUCAGUUCUCAGAAUAUAUUGAUGGUUUCAGUCUCAUGACAUAUGAUUAUUCAAGUCCUGGAAGUCCAGGAGCAAAUAGUCCAAUAAAGUGGGUGAAAGAGUGUGUAGAAAAGCUUGUACCAGACUCGACGUCUCCACUACGAAAAAAGAUAUUACUAGGUUUAAAUUUUUAUGGUUAUAAAUUUGGUAAUAUGCAAUCUGAAGCAGUAGUCGGUCAUGAGUAUAUAUCAAUAUUGAAGGAAGUUAAACCCAAACUGAAAUGGAGCACAGAAAACAAAGAACAUUCGUUUGGUUUUAAAUCUGGCAUGGGAACUACUGAUACAAUAUGGUAUCCUACACUUAUGUCUAUUCAAGAACGUUUAAAACUAGCAGAAGAAUUAGGGACAGGAAUUUCAAUAUGGGAGAUUGGGCAGGGUUUAGAUUAUUUCUAUGAUUUAUUAUAAGUUAGAUCUUAAAAUAAAAUUAAAAUGUGGCCCAAUAAAUCAAUGCUAAAUUUAUGUUGGUUUACAUUCUGGUUUCAAUUGAUAAAAAAGAACUGUAUUUUUGUUCACUAUUCUUUAGAUCAGUGCAUAUAUUUUGUAGUCCACAACUUCACAUCAUAGUAAAAAAAUUAUAGUCUGCACAUGAUGGAUCACAUGUUUGCCUGUAAUGCAGUGGACACAUUAGCUGAAUCAUUUGGCCAAAUCAAUCGGCGGCGAAUUUUAUUCGGCCGAAUGGGUGAACACGGCGAAUGCUUCGUCCGAUUCACCAGUCGCUUGCAUCACCUUUCAAGUCACAUGAUUAAACAUGGCGGCAUCUAUGUCAUCAAACAAUCUCGAUAUGAGUGGUGAUUGGCUUAUGAAUUCUAUAUUUGGCCGAAUACUUUGGCGAAGCACACACUGGGCGAAUAUUAUUUGGCCGAAUAUAUCAAACAUGUUUGAUUCGGCCGAAUGACAGUGGACACACUAGAUGAAUUUCGACCAAAUCAAUCGGUUAGUGUGUCCACUGCUUAACUGGUAUUGAACUAGGACCUUUAUUGUACUCCCACAUAAAAUCAUAGAUAAUUGAGAAAUAUGUCAUUCAUUGUAAAUAUCAAAUCAUGUAAUCUGAUCAUGUUUCAUAAAUUGUUGUGAAUUACUUCCAAAAUAACUAUGCACUCCUGUAACCGAUAAGGUAAACUCUGAUACAUAUCUUACCUUUAAAUUCUGUUACAUUUUAUUAAGAUACGAGAUGAUUUGUAGAUUUUUACAGUAGAAAAUAGAUUCAAAACAAGAAAUUGUCUGUAGAAAUUGGGUUAUUUGUGGAAUUUCUAUUUAGUUUUAAUUUAAAAUUGUGGAACUGGUAUAAAUUGGCCUCCAUAGAAGAGCAUUUUUUAUACUGAGUUAGAAUCCCAGGAUACAGAUUUGAUACAUUCUUUUGUAAUCUGAUUUUAUACUUAAAGGAGCUAAAUUGCUAUUAUUUGGAUGAUAUUGACUUAGCUACUUUAAGUCACCUGUAGUACAGAGGUUGUUGUUCGGUGGGAUUAAUGUCAUAUUAUCAAUAAUUAUUAUUUGUUUUGUCUGAUUUCCAUUGUUCUUUUAUUAUUGUUAAUUAAUGUUGGUUAUUUUAUGAGGUUUUGAAAAUAAAAUAAAUUAAAAAUAA